AAUUCGGAACAUCAACGACCACUGAUUUCAACAAUUUAUGAUACAUGCGGUCCUGAUCAAAAUACUACAGUACACCAGUCUCAAUCACUUCAUAAUAGGAAUUAUUGGCCUGGUACCCCACCUCCAUCAUACAAGUCAGUAGAAAUGGAAAAAGAACAGGAUCAAAUUCGAAGCCUUCUAGGUAGUGCUAGUAAUACUAGGAUAUAG